AGGGGCGUUUCCGGGCCGCUUUUCCAGAGGUUGUUUGGUAAAUAAGGACGCUCAUGAAGUGUCUGCAUUUGGAAAGGCGCUCGCCUGCGGCGCGCAUUCCCGUGCCCCAGCCCGGGACCAGGUGGCGGGGACCAGGGCUUUGGUUUUCCCCACUGAACAGAGAGAAGGACCCGACCGGUGGAGGCUCCUCCUCCAGGGAUGCUGCAGGGACUGCGUGGUUCCCUGCGCCUCGCCCUGGCGCUGGGCCCCCGGCGGUGGCAGCCCGCGCCGUGCAGUCCGUGCGCCGGGGCUUGGCCGCGCCGCCCGCUUUCGCAUCCAGCCGCGCGCUGCGUGCCGCCGCCGCUCUCCGCAGCUCCGCGCUCCCGGAGGCUCCGCAUGGCCAGCCCGACCCGCGCCGCUGCGGCCCUCGCCCGUCAGGACUGCAAUAACGGAUGCUCCCCAGAAUGUACUGGAGAAGCGGGAUCAAAGGAGGUGGUGGGGUCUUUCAGGGCGAAAGAUCUCAUAAUCACACCGGCCUCCAUUUUAAAGGAAAAACCAGACCCAAGUACUCUGGUUUUUGGAACUGUGUUCACGGAUCACAUGUUGACGGUGGAGUGGUCCUUAGAGUGUGGUUGGGAGAAACCACGUAUCAAGCCUCUUCAGAACCUGUCCUUGCACCCCGGCUCCUCCGCUUUCCACUACGCCGUGGAGUUGUUUGAAGGACUGAAGGCAUUUCGAGGAGUAGAUAAUAAAAUCCGACUGUUUCGGCCAGACCUCAACAUGGAUAGAAUGCAGCGAUCUGCUGUGAGGGCCACUCUGCCGGUAUUUGACAAGGAAGAGCUUUUAGAGUGUAUUAAAGAGCUUGUGAAAUUGGAUCAAGAAUGGGUCCCCUAUUCAACAUCUGCUAGUCUGUAUAUUCGUCCCACGUUCAUCGGAACUGAGCCUUCUCUUGGAGUCAAGAAGCCUACCAAAGCCCUGAUCUUUGUAAUCUUGAGCCCAGUGGGGCCUUAUUUUUCAAGUGGAACCUUUAAGCCAGUGUCCCUCUGGGCCAAUCCGAAGUACGUGAGAGCCUGGAAAGGUGGGACUGGGGACUGCAAGAUGGGAGGGAAUUACGGCUCAUCCCUUUUUGCCCAAUGUGAAGCCGCGGAUCACGGCUGUCAGCAGGUUCUGUGGCUCUACGGAGAAGAUAAUCAGAUAACUGAAGUUGGAACUAUGAAUCUUUUUCUUUACUGGAUAAAUGAAGAUGGAGAAGAAGAACUGGCAACUCCUCCACUAGAUGGCAUCAUUCUUCCAGGAGUGACGAGGCAGAGCAUUCUGGACCUGGCACACAAGUGGGGUGAAUUUAAGGUGUCAGAGAGGUACCUCACUAUGGAUGACUUGACAACAGCCCUGGAGGGGAACCGGGUGAGGGAGAUGUUUGGCUCUGGUACAGCCUGCGUUGUUUGCCCAGUUUCUGAUAUACUGUACAAGGGUGAGACCAUACACAUCCCAACUAUGGAGAAUGGCCCAAAGCUUGCAAGUCGGAUCUUGGACAAAUUGACAGAUAUUCAGUACGGAAGAGAAGAGAGCGACUGGACAAUCAUAGUGUCCUGAAUGGAAAAUACAGGAUAUCAUCUGUGUGCUGUUGAGACAGACUGUUGCAGCUGAAUUACGACAGAUUUCUUUAGUUACCUGUUUUUAGUUGUGCAUAGUGUAGUUUGUAUUGUCGGUGUUACCUGGGUGAUUGUUUCCUCAUGCUAGAGAAGACGAAUUGCAAUCAAGAGCUGUUUUGUAAACUUGGUAGCAGAAACUUACUUUACCUUCUCUUGGAAAGAUGAUCAUGUAAGCCAUAUAGCAUAGACUUUUCCUCAAUAAUCGUAGUGCCUCCCUUAAUACUUUACUCAGAUACACCUGUAUUUGUUUAUUCCUUAACAUAAGUUACAUUUUCCUCAACCAAAUGAGUUUGUGUUUGAAAACUGAUCUGAGUAAAUUUCAUGGGUAACAUUUCCUAUGAUGUAUCUUCAUCUUCAGAAAAUGGUUCGGUUUUUGUUUUUUUGUUGUUGUUGUUCGUUUGUUUGUUUUUUAUAAUUAAGACUUCGAAAAACUG